CUCUAUAAAUAGCUGGACUUACCACAGUCGAAGCCAACAAAACAUAAGCAAUUCACAUUCCCUGCUUCAUCAAUUCCCAUACCCAGAAAACAAACUACACUUUCUUUCUUUUUUUCUUUUUUGUCUGAAUACUUCACGACAAGAAGCCAACACUAUGAAGCAAAAGGUGGUGAUCAGAGUUCCCUUGAAUGGAGAAAAGUCUCGCUCUAAAGCCAUGAAGAUUGCAGUCAGCGUUUCAGGAGUCGAAUCAGCUGCUUUAGGAGGGCAAGACAAGAGCCAAAUAGAGGUGGUAGGAGAUGUCGACCCUGUAAAGCUAACAACUCAGCUGAGAAAGUGCGUUGGGCAAGCAGAGCUGCUGAGUGUAAGCGCUGUGGGAGAAAAGAAAGAAGAGAAAAAAGAAGAAGUAAAAGUGCAGCAAAUGGUGUGGCCUUAUGUGGGCAGCGUGCCUCAUCAUCAAUAUAUGUAUGAGGUUGUGCACCCAGUAGAGCAGUAUCAAGAUCCCUUCUGUUCCAUCAUGUAAUUGCAAAACACAGACACAGAGUUCCAAGUUUUCAGGUUCAUGUCUUAAGUGUACGGCUGCAGAAUUCAGAAAUGGGUGAUUGGGACCUCGGCUCGUGAGUGAUGGUCGUCUGAAAACCUUUUUUAUUGUACAAAUCCUGGAAAAGUUUUCCCAGCUGCAAUCUAUUUGGUCUCUUCUUCUUCAUAAAUUUCUGAUUGGUUUGCUGUAAAAUUUUAUCACAGUUAUAGUCGUCUUCUUCUUCUUCUUCUUUCUUUUCAUAUCAUCAAUAAAUUAAUUUGAGUUAUUUUAAGCUA